AUAAUAUGACAGAUAUUAUGUAUAUUAUGUAAAUUUCUAAUUGUUUUCUUAAAUAUAUUUUGAAACUAUUGGAAAAUAUACUUAUAUCUACAAGUAAAUAGUAAAGAUAUUAUUGAUUUGAAUAUCUGAAGUACCUACUAAAAUAGAUGUGAAUGGAAUUAAACAAAAAAUAUAACAUGUUUGCAAUGAAUAAAGUGAGAAUUGUAUUUAGAAAUUAUGUCAGGGUACGCAAAAUUCAUACAAGUUUUAUAUUUGCCAAAGAAAACCUCUCUGAUCAACAUGUUGAUGAAAUAUUGGCUUCCGAUAGAGAAUACAAUAGUUUACUUACACACUACUUUCACUUGGGAGAGGCACACAAUUGUUUAGUUAUACAGCCCUACGUUAAAUGGGGUCCACGCAAAUUAAGUAUAUCACCUGAAGAACAGUUGGAAGAAGCUGUGGCUUUAAUAAAAACUUUGCCAUUAUGGAAAGUUAACGACACUGUUUCUGUUCCUUUGGACAGUUUAGAAAAAAAGUCUUUAUUCAAAUCCGGUUCAAUGGAGAAAUUACGAAAAUUGAUACACAAUAACAGAGAUAUCACAGCUAUUUUUAUAAACACAAGUAAUUUAAGGAAGGUAACGACAACUUUAUUGCAAGAAAGUUUUGGGUUGCCAGUGUUGGAUCGAUAUCGAAUUGUUAUGCAGAUACUAAAGACACACGCUAUAAGCAAGCAUGCCAAGUUGCAAGUAGCUUUGGCAGAACUGUAUUACGUACAAAGAAAAGCACAGAAGGAUACUCUAUUUAGUACAAGUGAUCCAGAUUCCCUAAAAUUAGUAUUUCAGGAAAGAGAAAAGAAAUUGAAGAACGCAAUUAAAGAGGUGAGGAAUCAAAGAACGUUGCUUAGGAGUAAGAGAAAAAAAGAAGAAUACCCCAUUGUUGCGGUUGUAGGUUACACAAAUGCCGGGAAAACAGCAUUAAUAAAAGCUUUAACAGGAGAAAGCUCCUUACAACCAAAGAAUCAGUUGUUUGCUACAUUGGAUGUAACACUUCAUUCAGGAUUGUUGCCAUCAGGAUUGCAGGUGCUUUAUGUUGAUACCGUGGGAUUUUUAUCAGAUAUACCAACUAAUCUAAUUGAGUGCUUUGUUGCUACUUUAGAGGAUGUCACAUUUGCAGAUGUGGUAUUGCUGGUGGAGGAUCUGUCUAGUUCAUGUUUCGAAUAUAAACGCAAUCAUGUGGUAACUACUUUAAAAGAAUUAGGAGUACAAACUGGAAAUGAAAAUUUAUUAGACAAAGUUAUUAGUGUAGGAAACAAAUGUGAUCUUGUUAGUAAAGAUAGUUCAGAACAUGGGUUAGAUAUAUUAGUAUCUGCAAAAACUGGAUUGGGAUUAGACUCUUUAAGACGAUAUUUAGAAGAAUGUAUUUUAAAAGCAACAUCUAGGCAGGUGAUCACCAUCAAAGUUUUAAGUGGUGGAGACGAAUUUAGAUGGUUACGUAAAAAUGCAACUGUCACUGCCGAAGAGCCAGAUGAAGGAAAUACACAAUUCAUUAAAUUAAAAGUGAUAAUUACAAAAAGUAGUUUUGAAAAAUUUAAACAUUAUUUUAUAUAUCAAAAAUAG